AUGUCUCAGCAGGGCGCGAUGGAUGCCGAGGAGUACGCUCGCAGGGUGGUGAGCGUCGUCCAGAGGAGGAGCAGGCCCCUUUGGUUCUGGAGCGGGGGUUCCGUCGCCAUUGCCUGGCUCAUGUACUACUUUGUCCCGCUGCGCCUGAGGCUGUAUCUCAUGGCCAGGCGCUUCGGGCUGACGGGCAACAAGGUCAAGCUUCUCGGACAGGGUGCGGCCCAGAACCGGCCAACGGCCUAG